AUGUCUUCCUCCCGAUCAACUGGGAAGCGUCUCCCAAUCAGUUGUCAGGCAUGUCGAACGAGAAAGAUCCGCUGCUCCCGGGAUGGACGUCCAUGUCAGACCUGUGUGCGUCGCGGAUUAGGCGCUGAGGAUUGUAUCUAUCUUGGUCAACCUCGUCUGUCAACAGAGCAGUCCCAGUCCGGAGAUCCAAAUGUUCAGACUGAACUUUUAGCCCGGAUCCGCAAUCUAGAGGCCUUACUUCAGAAGCAAGUUAACUCGCAAGCGGGAACACCUAUCCCUGGUUCUCAGUCUCCACUUGGGGCUCUCAGUGCCACCGGCAGUUUGUCGGAGUCUGAUGUUGGGCUGGAUUGGGAUCUGCGCAGUACUAUGCUGGGUAAUGUUGGGACUCUUCAUACGUCGCCGUCGGGUCAUGUUCGUUAUGUGCCGCUUGCUUCACAGUGGGAAUCAGUUGUUGCUAAGAGCCCCGCUGCGGGGUGUUUGCGGGAUUCCGACUCCGAUAUUGUAGACGACGACGAUCUGCAGAUCCCAUUAGCGCGGAACGGCAGUGUUUCCCGCGCUGAGCUUUUGGCCUUGCUGCCACCGGGUCGAUAUUGUGACACUCUAAAAGAAGUUUACUUUCGUGUUUUUUCUCCGGUUUUCCAUAUUCUUCAUGACUUAACUUUUGAAGCCGAGUAUCAACAAUUUUGUCAUGACCCUAGCAGUGUGUCAACUUCAUGGCUUGCUCUGUUGUUUGCUAUUCUUGCUAUCGCAAUCAGCGCACUCGAAGAUGAUGAUCCUUUACUAUCCGAUCUUGGCCGGGAGAGGACGGUUAGUCGAAACAUGAAAGUCCUUUCAGCGCGUUAUCGAUCUGCCGCACUGCGAUGUUUGGCUGCAGAUGGUGUGAUGACUCGUCACUCGAUCAACUCAUUGCAAUCUUUAGUGCUUAUCAGUUAUGCACGUCUCCAUCGUGGUUUGCCAUUCUGGACAUUAUUAGGAUUCACUCAUCACGUCGCCAUCUCCAUGGGUUGUCAUUUAGAUCCGGAGAGAUUUGUUCUUGGUCCCAUCGAGCGUGAAGAGCGUCGCCGGGUAUGGACAGGGUUAAUGAUGCUUUACACCAUCCAAAACACAUCUUUUGGUAGUUUAGAUCAACAACUACUCAAUCAGGAUGUCAAGAUGCCAGCCGAUGUUGAUGAUAUCGACCUUCUCACUGCACCAAACGCUCCCACCUCCGAUCCAUCCUCCACUCCUUCCGCCAACCGGCCCACACAAAUGACCUACCUCCUUCUGAGCUUCCGACUAUAUAAAAUCUCCACUAAGAUCUGCGAAACGAUCUUCACCUACCCACACGCAUCUCGGUUUACACUCACACAACUCGAAGCCGAACUCAUGGCCGUCCGCGAUCUUUGCGAUGCCCGAUAUCAAGUCGACCAAGAUCCAUUACCGGUGCACCACCAAGCCAACCUCAACAUCCUAUAUAGUCAAAUCCACCAACUCCUCCUCCUUCUCCUCCGCCCCAACCUCUGCCGAUUCAUCCAAGGCGAGAUCACACCUGAAACUUGCGAAUCACGCGCCAAAUGCAUGGCAUCCGCCAAAGUCUCUCUAACCAUCUUCCAAACCCUCCUCGAAUCCUCCCAAUUCGCCCCUUACAAAUGGUACACCAGUGGCCUAGGAAGUUUCAAUGCGUUCCACGCUGCAGUCGUCCUAGCAGUCGGCCUUCUCAACCCCGAAAAUGAAGCCGAAUUCGACGAUUUCAAAGAAACCCUCACGAAAGCCCUGGAUAUGUUCGCCUCCCUUUCAGUCCGGAGCACCUUCUGCAGCAAAGCAGUCCCAGUCGUUCGACAAAUCAUUGAAAUCACCUCUACGCAGUACCACCAGGCCAAACUCCAAUCCCAAACUCAACAAAACCAAGCUCAGAUGUUUGCGACAUUGACACCCUCAGUACCCAUGCCUGAUAAUUAUAUCCUGCCUCACUCGCAAUCACAAUCUCCUGUUCCGACCGUUGCGUCUUCAGUGAGUGAUCACACGAUGCAGUCUAAUUUUGGUAUGAAUUUGCAUCCACAGCAUUGGAUGGGUCCUACCUCUGUGCCGUGGGAGACGUUGAGUUCGUCCAUGCAGUACGGGUUUGAGACUAAUGUGGCAUGA